ACUGUCAAAGGGCCACUGGGGCCGCUAUGUCGCCUCCCCACGUCAAAUUGGGUUUUAAUCGGCAAUGAAAAUAUGUUUUUUGGACACUAUAUGGGAAAUAAAUGCUGAGAUUUUAAAUGAAAAGCUAUUGGAAGAUUGCAGAAGACUAAGACAUUGUCAGAAUGUUAAGAAUUGAGUCUUACAUUACGCCCAUCAUCCUAAGCUAUGUGGAUAAAUACAUUAAGAACCUCAAACCUGAGGACUCCCAGGUUUCCUUGUGGGGUGGAGAUGCAGUCUUCAAUAACCUCGACCUACGUUUAGAUGUCUUGGAGCAAGAAUUACGUCUCCCUUUCUCCUUCGUAAAUGGGCACAUUCACGAGCUGCGGAUCCACGUGCCAUGGACAAAACUGACAUCGGAGCCCAUCAUUAUCACAAUCAACACCAUAGAAUGCAUCCUUAAACUAAAGGGCAGUGACACCGCAAGCUCAGACACCUCAAGCCAAGGAGGAACAGGACCAAAGUCGCCAGAUAUUAGGCGGAGGCAGAAAAGGCAAGACCUAGAAGUACCAACGAGUUAUGUUCAAGGGCUCAUCAACAGAAUCAUAAAUAAUGUGUGCAUUGUUUGCAAUAAUGUAAUUCUCAAGUAUGUUGAGGAUGACAUUGUCUUAUCUAUCAAUGUAAAAACACUUGAGUUCCGCUCUGUCAAUGGUAACUGGACGCCAGCUUUUAUAGAUUUGACAGCAGAGGACCUGAUUUUGCGGAAUCUUGCAACUCUUACUGAUCUAACAGUGUGCUUAGAUAAGAGAAAUGCUUCAGGCAAGAUAGAAAACUAUCAGGAGCCCCUGUUGUACAGAUGCUCACUAUCUUGUAGAAUAGUCCGCCAGUUUGAGUCUGUCAACUCUAUACAACCAUUAUGCACGCGAUACGAUGUCUUUUGCCCACAACUGCACUUCAGUCUGUCAGAUAUGCAAUUGCCAAUGUUUCUGAGGUUGCUUCAGCUUGCCUUGGCACUCUACUAUGGAGAUCUUGGGUCACCCACUGACCUGGAGCAACCCCAAGGCCAGCCAAGAGGGGAUGACCUGGACAUGGGGCUUGGAGAAGAUAUGACAGGAGAGGAUUCGUGGUCAUCAUGGGCAUGGUCACUUGGAUCUGCUCUUCUGCCAGUCUAUUGGGAAGAUGAAGAAAACACCAUUUCAGCUCACCAUUACCGGCUCAACAAAACCUUGCAUAUGGGGCUCUAUGUCGAGAUGGCAACAUGGACUUUCAAGUUGACAGAAUCUGUACAAGAUAGUGGUUAUUUUGGACCUACAAAAAUGCGAUUCACACCAUUCAUGAGGGUUGAGCACCAGGGGAGCUUUAUGACUGUUGUUGUGCGAGGUCUGGAGGCAGUCAGUGUGCAGCUUGGCAUAUCUUCUCUCUCAGUGGAUCCUGUUGGCAUGUGCAUCUGUGGAAUAGCCGAUAUACAAGAGGGAAACAUAUCUUCGGGAGAAGGUCAAACAGUCAUGGCCAAAGGAGCGUCAUCCUUCAUCAGCAUUGGACAAGAAGGCCAAGAAUACCUUGGCAAAUCCCUGUUUGAUCCUCAGGCAUUGAUGGAUUCCCAAGAGCUCUGGGAUUAUGCUUAUUCUUGGGAAAAGCACUCAAAGGAGACCACAGAAGCUAAUAUGUUGGCGAGGACAGGGGCUCUUGCCAUGGACUAUUUCUACCUGAUGGAGCUCCCAGCAGAUUUAAAUAGUGAGCAGUUAUCAGAAAUUAGCACAGACUUAGAAUACAGCAAUUUAAGUGAACGAGCCAUAUGUCGCAUUGCCUUCGGUGCCUCUGAGGUGAAUGCUUCUUCAGGAUUCCACCACAGACUGCAGGCAGUGUCCCAUGCCCCUCAGCAUGACUACCCACCUUACUCUAGUCCUCCAAUAGUACUUGGUACUUAUGCUGUACUCUAA